GAUUUUAUAGAGAUUGUUACGCACUUACUAUUUCGUUUAUGUCUCAUAUUAUUAAUUGGAAUUACGUUUUAUGUGAUGUUGUUUUCACUGAGACAAAAAACGUCCUGAAAUUUGAAUGUAGCUGAAUGAAGGAUUUGGCUUUUUGAGCCAACAAGCGCCCCCUGAAGGAAACACUCUUUAGUGUAAUAUCAAACAAACAGUCCUUAGACAGAAGCGUUUGCCGACCAGUGAAAACUAAUACGGAAGUCUGUUAUGAAAUAUGGAGCGUAAGUUGGCUGAGUACAGAGCCCGAAAGAAAGCCGAGACUGAAGCUAAGAAACCUGCUGAUCGUGUGAUCCAGAAUGAAACGAAAGCAACAAGCGAAGAUUCUCCAGCAGUGUUUACUGACACACCAGAACUGAAGCCCAAAACCUGCCCUGAGAGUCCACACACAGAGGAUCAGAGUCAUUAUUUGCUGAAUACCAUAUGUGGUCGUUGGCUUCAGCGUGUGACCCUCACCCAUCUGACCCUGCUAAAAGUCCUGCUGUGGCUCGUGCUGCUGGGGCUUUUUUCAGAACUUGAGUUUGGCCUGCCAUUUUUUGUUAUAUCGUUAUUCUACUGGCUCUACGAGGGCCUUCGAAGCCCAAGAGCCCGACAACCUGGAGAAAUGAGCGCGUACUCCGUGUUUAAUCCAGACUGUCAACCCAUCCUGGGAACUUUAACAGCCGAACAGCUGGAAGGAGAGAUGGGAUACAGGCCAAUAGCCAACAGAUGAACAUGUAUGAAAGGAAGCAAACUUUGCAACCAUCUGGACAUUAAGGAAAACAGUCUAAAUGUAGAUCUGUAAAGUGCACUUGGGAAACUUGUUUGCAUUACAUUAAUGUAUCUUAGUUCUUAAAUGAUUUACUUGAAUUUAUGUAAAAUAAAAUGCUUUAUUUUAUUAAUAUAUAUAUAUAUAUAUAUAUAUAUACACAGAUAUAAAACCCUUUCUGAGUUCUAAUAAAUUACAGUUUAAUCCUGUCAUACAGCCAACAAACGAGAAUGUCAUAUUUUUAUUCAACACUCAGGUUCUCUUAUCCAAGCUUAUUCAUGGAGCUGAAAUGUAUUACUGAAAGACAGGAUUUCCUCUUGGAUUCAUUUACAAAAGGUAUACUUAACGAGUAAAAGGUCAGUAAUGAUACAAAGGCCCUCAAUUUGAUAUUAGUUGAACUACUACCACACAACAGCUUUGUCAAGGAUGACUAGGCCAGUUGAAUCCCUUGUUCUGUCAACGUUACAUUUCUACAAAAUGAAUCAUAGUUGCAUGUGACUGCAUGUUUUCAGGUGUAUUUUAUGCUCUUUGACUUAAUUCAUUUUUGUAAUUUGUCACUAGCAUGACAGUUAGGCCUAAUC